AUGAUGACAUUGCCGACUGAUGAUGUACCACCACCUCCAACCUCUCGCGGAGAUUCCACCGCUAUAGUACCAGUUUCCAGUAACAAACGAGUCUCAACGCUGGCAAAUCCCAGUCAGUCAGAUUUGGAGCUACACUUGUUGCAGACCUUUGCAGCUUACGCCAGCCAGCAGCUUGUGCACUCGUAUUUGACUGUCAAGCAUGUGUCAAGGGUGACACGCUUCCUGGCAAACAUGACGGAAAAUUUGGCUUCUCGCGCGGGUCUCGUUGCUAUUGUGCGCAUUCUUUUUAGCCAAUACAUGAAAAUUGGUCAUCCUUAUGUGCAGCGGGUAGAUGAUGCGAUGGGCAAGCGUGUUAUCGAUGCAGUGGUAAGAGUCUUGAUGUUGGCGAGGCAGCAACCAGCAUCACAUGUCCAGCAAACUGGCAUUCUGGCAUUGGAGGCAGGGGCCGGCAACACGGAUAAUCCUGACGUCAGUGACGAAAUCGUAAACGCGACCAAGCUUUCGUACGCCGAGCGUUUCCAGGCAUUGCUACUGGGCGAAGUCCCGAGGAUGGAGCAAGUACUCAUUGAUGCGCGCCGUCAAGCAGAAGUGGACGCACGAGCUAAGGUGCAGGAGCAGACGAGACUUGCAUUGCCUCCUGUCGUCAUGGAAUUGAAGGAUUUUAUGCCCGUGGGAGAAGUCACACGACUGAAAGAGGAGAAUCAGGAGCAUCUUUUGGAGCCUUCAGCGGAGGCUCUUCACUUGCACAAGCAGAUGGAGAAGUUAAUUCGCGAGAAGCAGCAGCUUGAGCAGAAAUUGACAGACGUACACAACUAUCAGAAAAGCGAGCGUGGUCAACGUUUUCAGGAUAUGGAGAAAGAGUUGGCGCGCAAGAAACUGGAAAAUACCCAGAUGGCGACCGAUCUGCGAAAGAACGAGCUUUUGCUCAAUGCUCUAACACGUAAGCUUAAGAAAAAGAGUAGAAGCCAAAGGGGUGACAAUCAAUCCAGCAUGUCGAUGAGCGCGCCACCGUCUCCAUUUCCAGAAAAGACUUCCAAAAACAUGCACGAGCUUAAGCAUAAUAGCAGUCAUGCCUGA